AUGGCUACUCCGGUGCAUCGCCGCCGCCUGGCACGACAUGUUCGAGCCCAUGUGUCCAUGCAACAACAAGCUUGCUACACCACGAACAGAUCAUGCCUUUCAAUGCCCGCGGUUGAAUCAAAUCCCACCUUCAACACUCCCUUUGUUGCCGGUGCGCAGCUGCGCGACACCACUGAGAAGCCCAAACCCGCAUCCUUUCCGUACGAGGGCUUGUAUCAACACAUUAUCAACCAAAAAAAGGGCAACAAGUCCUAUCGCUAUUUCCGCAGUAUAACCCGCCUGCAGGACCAGUUUCCUCUGGCGCGGUGCAAUGAAACCGGCAAAAAGGUCGAUGUUUGGUGUUCGAAUGACUAUCUGGCUAUGGGCAGUCAUCCAGCGGUGAUCGCUGCGAUGGAGAAAGCUCUACACACCUACGGCGCCAACUCGGGCGGAUCGCGAAACAUUGCUGGGCAUAGUCCCCUCGUGGAAGCCUUGGAAGCGAGCAUUGCGCAGCUACAUAAGAAACCCGCGGCGCUUUACUUCAGCUCGGGAUUUGCUGCAAAUGAGGCUGCUCUGUCCACGCUGGGAUCCCAGCUACCCGACUGUGUCAUCUUCUCGGACGAGCUCAACCAUGCCUCCAUGAUCGAUGGUAUCCGCCAUGCCAAGGCUAAGCGGCACGUCUGGAAACACAAUGACUUGGCUAGCUUGGAGGCUUUGCUGGCAUCGUAUCCUAUCAAGGUCCCCAAGAUCAUCGCAUUCGAGUCUGUUUAUUCAAUGUGUGGAACUAUUGCACCGAUCGCUGCCAUUUGCGACCUCGCUGAUAGGUAUGGUGCGAUAACAUUCAUGGACGAGGCCCACGCAAUUGGGCUCUACGGACCUCACGGGGCUGGCGUCGCAGAACACCUCGAUUUCGCCACACAUCAAUCCGGUCGAGCCAACGGGCGGACGGCCAUGGAGCGAGUGGACGUCAUUUCGGGCUCCGUCAGCAAAGGCCUCGGCACCAUGGGUGGCUACGUCGCUGGGUCGACAGCCCUGAUUGAUAUGAUCCGCUCGAUCGCCCGAGGCUUCAUAUUCACGACGGUCCAGUCUCCCGCUGUCACGGCGGGCGCACAUGCUGCCAUCCAACAUCAGCUGCACAACAAAGACGGUCGUAUCCGGCUGCAGCGCAACGUCGCGGCUGUGAAGCGCAAGAUGGCGGCCUUUGACCUGCCCGUACUGCCGAAUCGGUCACAUCUGCUGCCCCUGAUGAUUGGCGAUGCUGAGCUCACUCGGCGGGUCACUGAUAUCCUGUUCGAUGAGUACCAUAUCUAUGUACAAGCGAUCAACAGUCCGACGGUGGCCGUGAACAUGGAGCGCGUCCGUAUCUCUCCUACCGGGUUCCACGGACCCGCCCAGCAAGAUGCUCUGGUCAGCGCGUUGGUGGAAAUCUGGGAUCGGCUGGGGUUGCGCAAAGCAUCGGAUUGGCAGCGGGCGGGCGUGUGGGAUGCGCAACAGGCGGCGGUAACGCAGCUUUGGACGGAUGAGCAGCUGGGCUUGACUUCAGGUCCAGCUUCGAUGAGCGCACUGUCUAGACCGUUGCAAGACGUGCCUGUAAAUGGGCCGCUUGAGGCCACGAUGUUGUCCGGCUAA